AUUGAUGAAUCCGAUGGUGCUGGUUAUGAGUCAACAUCUUGUCAUUACAGAGAAACGACCGUGAUGAAGAAACAGGGCAUUGGUUCCUGUUGGGAAGAGGAGAAGGUCUCCAGUCUUGCCCGGGCAAUUAUGAUUGAGAAUUGGGUGGAGAAGAAGAAGACUAGCGUUGGGUCUUCGAGUUCAUCUGAUUCUAGCUCCGGUGUUGCGUUUUCCUCGUCGGAAGCAGAGUCGAGUUGCAGGGAGAGGGAGAAAUCGAGGAGAAGGUCGGCGCCGGUGAGGCCCGACAAAUGUUUGUUGUUUGAUCGCAGACAAAUGGAAUUUGAAGGGAAACAACAGAAGCCUCAGAGAGAAGGAGGGUUUACGAAGACGAAGCUGAAAGCGCUGAAAAUAUACGGAGAAUUGAAGAAGGUGAAGCAACCCAUUUCCCCCGGCGGUCGCAUCACCAGCUUCUUAAACUCUAUUUUCAACGGUAAUGCCAAGAAAGUGAAGAUGUGCUCGGUAGGAGCCAUGGACGACGUCUGCUUUGAUGAACAGAAAUCCAAAUCUACACGCUCGUCAUCGGCUGCUUCAUUUUCACGGUCUUGUUUGAGCAAAUCACCGUCUUCAAGAGGAAAUCGGAAGAAAAGGUCAGUUAAAUUUUACCCAGUUAGUGUCAUCGUGGACGAAGAUAGCAGACCUUGCGGCCAAAAAUGCAUCUAUGAACAAGAUCCGACCUUAAUGCCGACACCAUCCGUCCAACAAAAAAUUGUUAAAAGUUCAACCCGAAAGGAUGGACUCAAGAAUUUCGUCAUGGAGAAAGAAUCUGCUUAUCUAAGACAUUAUCAAAAGAAGGGCACAAGGGAAUUCCAUUAUAACUACAAAGAUGAAGAAGAAGAAGAUGAAGAUGAUGCAAGUUGUUCAAGCUCUGAUCUCUUCGAGCUGGAUCACUUGAUCGGAAUUGGAAGGUACAGGGAGGAAUUACCAGUGUAUGAAACUACUAAUUUCAAAACCAAUCAAGCCAUCGCUAAUGGGUACAUGUUCUAGGUGUUUUUUCUUCUUUUUUAUUUUUCAUUCAAAAAGCAAGUACUAAUCAAUGUAAUUAGUUUUC